UGCAGUGUUGUCGCCGCCGAGCGCUGGGACUGCACGCUAAUCAUGGAGCUGGGGCUCGCGGGCCGCCGGGCGCUCGUCACUGGGGCGGGCAAAGGCAUCGGGCGCGGCACUGUCCAGGCGCUGCACGCGGCGGGUGUGCAGGUGGUGGCCGUGAGCCGGACCCGGGCCGACCUGGACAGCCUGGUCCGCGAGUGCCCUGGCGUGGAACCCGUGUGUGUGGACCUGGGUGACUGGGAGGCCACGGAGCGGGCACUGGGCAACGUGGGCCCUGUGGACCUGCUGGUGAACAACGCUGGCGUGGCCCUGCUGCAGCCCUUCCUGGAGGUCACCAAGGAGGCGUAUGACACGUCCUUCAACGUGAACCUACGGGCUGUCAUCCAAGUAUCCCAGUUCUGCGUCAUGCUCCCUCUGCAAUUCCAGAUCGUGGCCAGGGGCUUAAUAGCUCGGGGAGCCCCGGGCUCCAUCGUGAACGUCUCCAGCCAGGCCUCACAGCGUGCGAUAACUAACCACAGCGUCUACUGCUCCACCAAGGGUGCCAUGGACAUGCUGACCAAGGCGAUGGCUCUGGAGCUUGGGCCACACAAGAUCCGUGUGAACGCGGUGAACCCCACAGUGGUGAUGACACCCAUGGGCCAGGCCAAUUGGAGCAACCCCCAAAAGGCCAAGACCAUGCUGGAUCGAAUCCCACUUGGCAAGUUUGCUGAGGUGGAGAACGUGGUGGACAUCAUCCUUUUCCUGCUGAGUGACCGGAGCAGCAUGACCACGGGUUCCACUGUGCCAGUGGAUGGGGGCUUCCUGGCUUCCUGAGUCUCUCUUCCUGACACGCCCCUGCUCCAUGCUGAGCCCACCCCCGUCCCCCAUCUCUCCAAUAAACAUGAUUCUUCUGCCUA